AUGGGCCCUGUUGGUGGGGCCUUAGAUGAUGGUGUAACUGUUGUUGGGCCUGUCGUUGUUGAAGGAGUCACUGUUGUUGGCCCUGUUGGAACACUUGUUGUUGUAGGCCCUGUUGGUGGGGCCUUAGAUGAUGGUGUAACUGUUGUUGGGCCUGUCGUUGUUGAAGGAGUCACUGUUGUAGGCCCUGUUGGUGGGGCCUUCGUUGUAGGCCCUGUUGUUGGUUCCGUCGUUGUAGGCCCUGUUGGCCCUGUUGGUGGGGCCUUAGAUGAUGGUGUAACUGUUGUUGGGCCUGUCGUUGUUGAAGGAGUCACUGUUGUUGGCCCUGUUGGAACACUUGUUGUUGUAGGCCCUGUUGGUGGGGCCUUAGAUGAUGGUGUAACUGUUGUUGGGCCUGUCGUUGUUGAAGGAGUCACAGUUGUUGGCCCUGUUGGAAUACUUGUUGUUGUGGGCCCUGUUGGUGGGGCCUUCGUUGUAGGCCCUGUUGGUGGUGCCAUCGUUGUAGGCCCUGUUGGUGGUGCCUUCGUUGUAGGCCCUGUUGUUGGGGCCUUCGUUGUAGGCCCUGUUGGUGGUUCCUUCGAUGUAGGCCCUGUUGUUGGUUCCUUCGUUGUAGGCCCUGUUGGCCCUGUUGGUGGGGCCUUAGAUGAUGGUGUAACUGUUGUUGGGCCUGUCGUUGUUGAAGGAGUCACUGUUGUUGGCCCUGUUGGAACACUUGUUGUUGUAGGCCCUGUUGGUGGGGCCUUAGAUGAUGGUGUAACUGUUGUUGGGCCUGUCGUUGUUGAAGGAGUCACUGUUGUAGGCCCUGUUGGUGGGGCCUUCGUUGUAGGCCCUGUUGUUGGUUCCGUCGUUGUAGGCCCUGUUGGCCCUGUUGGUGGGGCCUUAGAUGAUGGUGUAACUGUUGUUGGGCCUGUCGUUGUUGAAGGAGUCACUGUUGUUGGCCCUGUUGGAACACUUGUUGUUGUAGGCCCUGUUGGUGGGGCCUUAGAUGAUGGUGUAACUGUUGUUGGGCCUGUCGUUGUUGAAGGAGUCACAGUUGUUGGCCCUGUUGGAAUACUUGUUGUUGUGGGCCCUGUUGGUGGGGCCUUCGUUGUAGGCCCUGUUGGUGGUGCCAUCGUUGUAGGCCCUGUUGGUGGUGCCUUCGUUGUAGGCCCUGUUGUUGGGGCCUUCGUUGUAGGCCCUGUUGGUGGUUCCUUCGAUGUAGGCCCUGUUGUUGGUUCCUUCGUUGUAGGCCCUGUUGGUGGGGCCUUAGAUGAUGGUGUUACUGUUGUAGGCCCUGUUGGUGGAGCCUUAGAUGAUGGUGUAACUGUUGUUGGGCCUGUCGUUGUUGAAGGAGUCACUGUUGUAGGCCCUGUUGGCCCUGUUGGUGGGGCCUUAGAUGAUGGUGUUACUGUUGUAGGCCCUGUUGGUGGAGCCUUAGAUGAUGGUGUAACUGUUGUUGGGCCUGUCGUUGUUGAAGGAGUCACUGUUGUAGGCCCUGUUGGUGGUGCCAUCGUUGUAGGCCCUGUUGGCCCUGUUGGUGGUUCCUUCGUUGUAGGCCCUGUUGUUGGUUCCGUCGUUGUAGGCCCUGUUGGUGGAGCCUUAGAUGAUGGUGUAACUGUUGUUGGGCCUGUCGUUGUUGAAGGAGUCACUGUUGUAGGCCCUGUUGGUGGUGCCAUCGUUGUAGGCCCUGUUGGCCCUGUUGGUGGUGCCUUCGUUGUAGGCUCUGUUGGUGGUGCCUUCGUUGUAGGCUCUGUUGGUGGUGCCCUUGGCCCGUUGUUGUAG